AUGAAUCGGCAAAAUUUAAUGAAUGCGUCUACCUAUUAUACAAAAUGUAAAUUUUUUUUAUCUCCUGGUUCAUAUAAUUCAAACUCUUUAAGUUCAAAUUUAACAGUUUCUCAAAAUUACUAUGCCAAUUCUUUAUCUUCAUAUCUGUCUUUGCAUCUGUCUAAUAAAGAAUGUAAUAUUGCUCCUAAUACAUCAGUACAACAUCAAGCUUUAAACUUAAUUAAAGAAGCUAAAGCUAAAGCAAGUAAAUAUGAAG